UGUUCCAUUGAGAAGAAGGAAAACACAAAUGGAGAACCUGUUAGCGUCAGUACUCACAAGUACACGUGCAGAAAUAUGCAUGUGGUAGAGGGAAGAAUGUACGUAAAUGUAUGUGACUGACAGCUGACCUAUAUAGGAGGAGUAGGUUUAAAAUGCGACUUCUGACACUUUACCAAAUGCUUGCAGGACCCGUGAACUUGAGCUCCAUGAUGUAGGCCAGACGUGAAUAAAACAUGGUAACCUGAGCUAUGGAGCUGGAGGGAACUACACCUGAGCCCAGCCAUGCCUCCAAGCACACAGUAAAAGCUUGCACUAUCGUAACACUCUUGGAAGGCACAUAUACAUAUCUAAGUAUGCGAAAGUGUUUAUAAGGCACACUGGUGUCAACCCACACAAAAGCUGUGUAGAACAUUACAUUUAAAAUAUCACAUUGCACAUAAUAACACACACGAACAAACAGUGCUUUGUUAACUGAAACUCAGGUCAUUUGCUGCCUGCAGGCAUUGUGGGCUUGUCUUGUCUGCGCAGUUACUCAAGCUGCCGUUUACUCUGUUGGAGCAGUCUGACAGAGGAUAUCAAGCUGUGUGGACCAAGAUGAGGAUUAUUUUCUUGCUUUUUCUGGUUGCCUUCGCAGCCCUGGGAGCGUGUCAUGGCAGUGAGCACAACAGACUGGCUAAACGGGAUGUCUUGUUGCGUUCCAAAAGACGAUGGGUCUUGUCUACCAUUGAACUAGAAGAAGAAAAGAAAGGGACGUACCCGAUGAUAAUUUCACAGAUGUUUAAUGACAAGACUGAAGGGAAAAACUUUAAGUUCAAGAUAAGCGGAGAAGGUGUGGAUACUAAUAUAUUCUCUAUUAAUGAAAAAACGGGAAUCGUCUAUGCACGCAGAGCUGUGGACAGAGAGGAAAAAGACACAUACCACAUCAAGUUUGACGUCUUGGAAAAAGAGACCAAUGCCCAAAUAGACAAGGAACUGUCUUUUGAUGUAGAAAUAAAGGAUAUAAAUGACAACCCACCAGUGUUUUUCAGCUCUAAAAUAGUAGCCGAUGUGGAAGAAAAUAAGGAAGAAGGGUACUUGCCAGUGCAGGUGCAGGCCAGUGACAGAGACCAGAAAAACACAGACAACUCAAAAUUCGAUUUCACCGUGCUUUCACAGUUUCCAAAAGAGCCCAAGAUUGAUGUGUAUCAACUCGACGAGAGAAUGGGUCAGCUUACCUUUAAAGGAUGCUUUGACUACGAUAAAGCAAAGAGGUAUAAAAUUAUCGUUCAAGCAAAAGACCGUGGCACCCCACCACUUUCCUCCACCUGUGUCGUCUUUCUCAAUAUUCAUGACAGAAACACUCAUCUACCGACGUUCAACCAGACUGAGUACCACGCUCAGGAAGAUGAAAUGGUCACCAAAAACGAUAUUUUGAGAAUCAAAGUUGAGGACAAAGACACUCCCAAUACUGAUGGCUGGCGUGCCAAAUAUUUCUUCAUUAAAGGGAAUGAGGAUGAGAUGUUUGACAUUACAACUGACCCAAAAACAAAUGAGGGUAUCGUGAGCAUUGUCAAGAAAAAGAAUUUUGAUCUGACAACUGUUCUUGACCUGGAAGUUGGAGUGAAAAAUGUUGAAGAAUUGUUCGUUUGUAAGAAUAAAUCUGCUGAUUCCAAAGCCACAUCUGUGUCUCCAACUCCAAAUUCAGUCAGAAUGACAGUGAAGAUGGUAGAUGCCAAUGAUCCACCAGACUUUGGCAGAGCUACAUCUGAUGUGUACCACAAGGAAGAAGAAAUGCCAGGAAAGGUUCUUUUCACUCCAAAAGUCAACGACGUAGACUCCAACGGCUUCAGGUAUGUGUUGUUAGACGAUCCAGCUGACUGGGUAGCCAUUGACCCGGAAACAGGAACACUCAAGUCGACUAAGAAGAUGGACAGAGAGUCACCCUUUGUUGAUAAACAUAAUGUUUACAAGGUUGUCAUUGCUGCCAUAGAUGAUGGUGAACCUCCGGCUACAGGCACAUGCACUGUCCAGAUCCACCUGAGGGAUAUCAACGACAACACACCAAAGCUGGUCAAUAAUAGCCUCAUUUUGUGUGGAAACAAAGCUAAGAAGAUCAAAGUGUCUGCCAAGGACUUGGAUCAAACACCUUACAGUGGACCCUUUUCCUUCUCCCUGGCAGGUGAUAAAUCUCUGAAGGAGCAAUGGAAACUAGACCCUAACUUUGGUAUGGAGGUUGGCCUUGUUAGCCUGAAGACGCUUCCUUACGGUAACUACUCAGUGCCCUUUAAGAUCCUCGACCAACAGAACAUACCUGGAGAAGAUACCCUGGAAGUGAUGGUGUGCGACUGUGAAAAAGGUGAUGUUUGUCGUGACAAAAAGCCCCUCUCAGCCAGCUUCGGAGAUGCCGGCAUCGGACUGCUAAUUGCAGGAUUGCUGUUGUUUUUGUUACUGCUACUCAUCUUCAUGUGCGAGUGUGGAAAGAAGACAUUUGAGUACAUGGAACAGGACGAGGGCAACCAGACUCUUAUCAAGUACAACCAAGAGGGAGGGGGCUCUGCAUGCAAGGCUGAACCCACCCUUCUCCUGACACCUACAAAAGGCAUAUCUGUGGUGGAUGGCAUCAAGCAGGGCACGAUCCGGAUGACUGAGAUGGCUCCAGUAAUGACCCAAGACGUGGACAGGUUCAACACAUCAUACACCAUGCAAAUGAACUCUAACAUGACUUCAAUGGGAAUGCAUCCAAGAGACAGUGUCAGGAGCCAUGAGGGCCAAAUGAUGAACAAGUACUCUACAUGGACUACAAACAGGAUGAACACCUAUCAGAGCAAUUCAUCACACUACAUGCGUUCCAUAAGCCUGCGAUCAAACCAGCGCAUUGCAGAUCACAUCGACAGGAGACUCUACAUGAUUGAUGGAAUGCCCGUGGACUACCCUGUGUACCAACCCUACAAGUACGCCUACGAGGGACAGGGGAGCAAAUGUCAGUCACUGGAUGAGCUGUCCGUCACCAACCUGAGUGAUGACUUACAGUUUCUGGAUGAUCUGGGGCCAAAGUUCAAGACCUUGGGAGACAUCUGUCAGAAGAAAAUUCAAGAGAAAAACACACAGCUUUAAAAGGCUCAGCUGGAAUGUAACUUUAAUGCCAAGCAAAUCACUCUUCACUUUGGGUUUUUUGUGACUGUAAUUCUGGAUUGAACUGGCUGGAGGUGAUGCACCACAAUGGACGGAUUUUGUGCUUGUACAUUAUGGACUUUAACAUCUCAAGCAUUUUAAGCCAGACACUGUUUGCUUGCAUCGAUCUGUGAAGCGAGGAUUAUGCAGUACUAGCAGCUGUAUUUUGCUUGCUUGAAGAUGGAAUGAAUGUAUGCACUGCACACCCUUUCACGCUCUGGUGAUUUUGAAAUGUUUCAUCUUGAAAGUGACUGGGUGUGUUUGCUUGUUUCUUACUUUGCCACAUUAACAGUCGUUGUUGCCUCUUGUCAGCGCAAGAUCUCUUGCUCUUCGGGUUUUGUGAGCACAGUAUUAUUUUAAAACUUAACAGACGUUCAUAUGUGGAAACUGGGAUGUUUUCUUUUGUUAGAUGUUAGAUACAUUGUUUCUCACUGUCACGGUUGUGACUGCACUCUUUUGUAAAGAAUCCUUGAUAAGCAGCAGAAAUCCUAACUGGUUGAAGUAGUUGUCUAGCAGUAACUAAACAAUGGUUUUGUUCCUAGAAACUGUAAAUAUCUGUGGUCUUUUUUUUAGAAAUGAUUUGGUGACGCAGCAGUGUGAAACAUCACAAAGUUCAUUUUUUGUUUGGUUUUCUUAUGUGUUUUUUUUUUUCAUCGUUUGUCGGAAACAUGUAUUUUUUGUUUUUAGAAAACAAAUUGAAAUGUAUUAUUUGGAAAGAUGUUUUCAUUCGCCAUUACUAAAAGCAGUUGCAGUCAUUGGGAUGAAAUAGUUUAACUGGACAGAAGGGAAAGAAGUGUUGGGUUAAUGAAAUAAUUAUAAGAAAAUCAUAUGAAAAAAUAAAGCCACUGUAACAAAUUGAAAGUGUUAAGAUCUAUUCUCACACAGACGACUUUUCAGUUGAACCAUAACAAUUACAACUACUAAUUCAUUUUAAUUUUACACAAUAAUAGACGCUCAACCUUUUGACGAUGACAAAAACUGCUGUAAAGGUGGCAGCACUAACAUUGUUUCAUGUGAGGAGUUCAGAAGUUGAGGUGCAGUUUUCUCACUGUGAUGUUUUUCCCAUGAAAACCCCACCUCACCCUGUGGGUACCUCCACUGUAUCCACAACAACCUUCAGCUUGUGAAAUGUUGGCAGUUGUUUUCUAUAGUUUGAACUUGUGUUCUCUCAGCUCGUUGUUAUUUGAGGUUUUUGUGUGUCCAUCAGUCUGUCAGCAGACGCGGCAGAACUUGUUUCGCAUAAAUACCCAUCACCCAUCAGAGGCUCCGGGUGUAGUUAAGGUGUGGCACAGGGAGUGAUAUGGAAGUCUGAAACUCAGAGCUAGUUUGACAAACACGUAUGACUCAGAAACAAACUCAACAUACAUCAAAUAUCUUCAACCCUUAUUGUUCCACAAGCGGAAAUACCUUUUGCAGCAGGGCACGACAAAAAUACAAAACAUGAAGCACAGACUUGGAAAACAACACGACUAUCGAGGAGACUGCAACCGCCAGUUUUUCAGGCUACAGCAGGACAUAUGCAAACAGCAAACAAAUGAUAAGAAAUGAUCUGAAUCAAGAGACACAAGGGAGCAUGAAAGCAACUCAAAGCAACUCAUAGUCUGCUGUAAAUUAUUCAGAGAAAUAACAAAUACACUGGUCCAAUAGCUAAUUUUGGUGCUAUUUAAAUACAUUUCAAUGUUUUAAAAUGCUAAAAGUUCAAAUAAACCAUCCAUCCAAGACAGCAUUAGAAAAGGAGUUCGAAGCAAAAGUCCAAUCUUUAUAAUUGCAGCUAUGGGAGAGGAAAAGUCCUUGUUAUAGAUUUGUUCUCCAACGAUGUUGCUUCUUUUCAUGACUGAUCUAUGAACCCAGUGGGCAUUUCUAAUACAAACACAUUAGAGCACUCUCUCUAUCCCAAAGUAAGUUUGCCGUUCCACUAGCUUGGCAGUUUGCCUUUAAUUGCCACACAGCUUUCCAUUCUCCCACACAGGGUGUUGUCAGGUUACAGUUAUCUUUUUUCCUGAGAACUAAUUUCAUCAUGGCUGCGGGCAAACGGGUUCAGAAUCAUGCACAUGGACAUGCACAGUCAUGUAAAAAAAAAAAAAAAGCAAUGGGUAGAAUUUGUAGGCUUUUUUUGACAUAUGAAACAGUGGGGUGUUUACUCGAAGUGAUACUUAGAAGAUUCUUUAACUGUCUUAUUAAGAAAAAGUUGAAAACUAUAUUAAACUGUAUGAAAUUGUGUAUAUCUCACGGCAUAUUUCACUUUUCAAUUCAGUUCAAUUCAGUUGAGUUCAAUUUUAUUUACAUAGCGCCAAUUACAGGUCAAAUUGUCUCAAGAGGCUUUCCAGAACCCAUAUGCAUGAACCCCCAGAGCAAGCCCUAAAGUGACAGUGGCAAGAAAAACUCUCUUUUAACAGGGAGGAAACCUUGGGCAACACAAACGCUUAAACAACUGCGGUUAAAAGUUGAGGUUGACCACGUAGCUAAUUUGAACGAUUAACUGGCACUGAUGUGGGUUUUGUAAAGUGGUGGUGGUUUUAGCUCCAGCAGUAACCGAUAGCUGCACAGACUCCACCAGUGACGUUUUGUGUGGAGGUUGUACCUGAGAUAAUCUAUAUUUAAAUGAACGAUUACUUUCUAUAGAACAGAUUUGUUCAGGUUGUUGGUUAUAAUGUCCUGCCUAAAGUGUACUGUCUUGUUUUUUUAAUAAAAGCAGGGAUUGUUCAUGUCCA